AUGGUGGAGCCUGGUGACAACGAGGUUGUAGCCAAUUGGCUUGCCGUGGAGUUUCCAGAUGAUGGAAUUCGGCCAUGGCUAGCAGAGACAGAGGCAUCUAUGGAGAUUGUCUUUGACGGUGUGUGGGUGAAUAUGGCUCCAUUCUUUAGGUUAGGACUAGAUUCGACAGAGAGUUGCUUCAUCGUCGUCGAUGAGGACUCUGACGACACUGGCGGUGGUCCCGCCAGCUCCUUCGCUUGCGACACAGCCGGUGAAUGCGCUCUCGGCGCCCGGCGGCACCGAAGGAAGAAGAUAAUCUUUAAUUGUGGCUUGUUUUCAAAAAUCGCUUGUACAGGAAGAUCUGCGGGGAAUGGCCGGCCUCUUGCCAAGGCCAUAUUCGACCUGUUCUCUUGGCAAUUUGAGGCUUCCUACCUCUUCAGUAGUUUUGCAGAUGCAUCACUUCACAGAGAUCGGCAAAGUGACUUUUUCUCGAAACUGUUGGGUGAUGAGAGUGGUGGCAAAUUAGCAUUAUCAUACGAGUUGAGGCCUCACCGCCUUGGUCGAAUGAAGGCGCUGGUCGUGAUCGAUGAUGUAGGCAGCAAUGUGAGCAACAUAGGACCAUUGAAGGAUUUGUUAAAUGGUGAGUGCUGCGAUUUGUUUGGUCACAGGCAAGGUUGUCAAAUCGCGGGUCGAUCCGGACCCGGACGAACUAGUGGGUCAUGGGUCAUUGGGUCACCAGUUUUAGCCCGGUUUAGCCCGUAA